AGAGAGAUUAGACGCAGGUAAAGCGGUGUACUGUCACUGGAGUAAAGAGCAACAGAUGAACCGGAGUAAAGAGCGAGAGUGUGAACUUGAGCUGUGAUGGAGUUCUCUAACUUCUCAUCAGAGCCUGAUUUUGUUUCAUAGCGAAGUGAUUUAACGACAAAGUAACUUAUCUUAUUACCACCGGCAUCGCACUUUGACUUUUCAUUUUUGACUUUUUUAUUUUAUUUAAUCAUUAUUAUUAUUAUCAUUCAUUUGGGCGUUGUUAAAAUAAAUCAGUCAUCAUGCCGGACCAGCUGACCGUGUCGGAGUUUAUGGACAUCACCACUGAGGAUUAUAAAGCGCCUACAACCUCGAUCUUCACCACCCGCAUGGGCCACUGCCGCAACACAGUGACCGGACUCGAGGAGGCUCUUGAUGCAGACCGGAGUGUUCUGAGCAAAAUAAAGAAGUCUGUCAAAGCUAUAAACAGUUCUGGCCAAACCCAUGUUGAGAAUGAAGAGCAGUACAUUCAGGCUCUGGAGAAGUUCGGGGAGGCAUGUGUGAACAGAGACAAUCCAGAAGUGGCAGCAGCAUUCCUCAAGUUUGCAGUCUUCACCAAAGAACUUACAGCACUCUUUAAGAACUUACUACAGAAUAUGAACAAUAUCAUCACCUUUCCUUUAGACAGUCUGCUUAAAGGAGAUCUGAAAGGGGUGAAAGGGGAUUUAAAGAAGCCUUUUGAUAAAGCCUGUAAGGACUAUGAAACCAAAGUUAAUAAGAUUGAGAAAGAGAAGCGGGAGCAUGCCAAGCAGCACGGGAUGAUCAGGACAGAGAUCAGCGGGGGAGAGAUCGCAGAGGAGAUGGAAAAAGAGAGACGAGCCUUUCAGCUUCACAUGUGUGAGUAUCUCAUCAAAGUGAAUGAAAUCAAAAUCAGGAAAGGAGUCGACUUAGUGCAGAACCUCAUCAAAUAUUUUCAUGCCCAGUGCAAUUUUUUUCAGGAUGGGUUAAAAGUUGUGGAGAAUCUUAAGCCAACCAUGGAAAAACUCUGCACAGACUUAGCAGGAGUUAAACAAGUACAAGAAGGAGAAAAGAAACAGCUGAUCCAGCUUCGAGAUAUUUUAAAGUCAUCCUUACAAUCAGAACAAAAAGAGGACUCUCAGGCCAAACAGAACACAGGCUACAGUCUCCAUCAGCUGCAGGGUAACAAGGCACAUGGCACAGAGCGCUCCGGGAUGCUCUCCAAACGCAGUGAAGGGCUGAGGAAGGUGUGGCAAAAGAGGAAGUGCUCAGUGAAGAGUGGAUAUUUGACGAUCUCCCAUGGAACGGCAAACACACCACCAGCCAAACUCAACCUGUUAACCUGCCAAGUGAAAUGCAACCCAGAGGAAAAGAAGAGCUUUGAUCUCAUAUCUCAUGACCGUACAUAUCAUUUUCAAGCAGAAGAUGAAGCUGAAUGUCAAAUAUGGGUAUCAGUGCUGCAGAACAGUAAAGAAGAAGCCCUGAACGAUGCUUUUAAAGGGGGUCAGGAUGAGGGUGAGAACAAUAUUGUGCAGGAGCUUAGCAAAGCCAUUGUAAGUGAAGUGAAGAGGAUGAGUGGCAACGAUGUGUGCUGUGACUGUGGAGCUCCUAAUCCAACAUGGCUUUCCACUAAUCUGGGGAUCCUGAUCUGCAUUGAAUGCUCGGGUAUCCAUCGAGAAAUGGGGGUGCAUUACUCCAGAAUACAGUCGCUGACUUUAGAUGUGCUGGGAACAUCAGAACUCUUGCUGGCAAGGAAUGUGGGAAAUGCAGGCUUCAAUGACAUCAUGGAAGCGAAUCUAUCAGGAGAGGAAAUCCCCAAACCCACCCCGUCUAGUGACAUGCAGAGGCGCAAAGAUUUCAUCACAGCUAAGUACACAGAGAAGCGCUUUGCUCAGCUGAGACGUAGCGAUGCGACUGUCAAACUUCGCGGCCUGUAUGAUGCGGUGAGGAGCCGUGACAUUUUCUCCCUGCUACAGGUGUACGCUGAUGGAGUGGACCUGACCGAGACCUUCACUAUGGCUAAUGAACAUGAGCAGGGUGAGACAGCUCUACAUCUGGCUGUACGAAUAGCUGACAGAAACUCCCUCCACAUUGUAGACUUCCUGGUACAGAACAGUGGGAAUCUGGACAAACAAACUGUCAAAGGAAACACAGCAGUUCAUUACUGCUGCGUGGCAGACAACAGCGAGUGUCUAAAACUUUUACUGCGGAGCAAAGCCUCUGUCAGCAUAACCAAUGAAGCUGGAGAGACACCACUGGACCUUGCUAAGAGGCUGAAGAACACACAGUGUGAGGAACUGCUGACCCAGGCACAUACUGGCAAGUUUAAUGUCCAUGUGCAUGUGGAGUAUGAGUGGUGUCUACAUAAUGAAGACCUGGAUGAGAGUGAUGAUGAAAUGGAGGACAAGCCGAUCCCGCAGAAGCGGGAGGAGCGACCUGUAAGCUGCUACCUCCCAGGCAACACCUCAAUGCAACCCAGCAUGGCUGCACUGGCACGGGACGUGGUUAACGCUGUCCGGGAAAAGCAAAGAGGCUAUGUACCAAGCAUGAUGUGUAACGAGACCUACGGCACCAUGAUGGAUCUCAGUCCGCCUCCCUCAAACAUGCUUAGUGUCCCCAUACCACAGCUUCCUCCACGCAACCCAGGCAUUGGAGUUGGCAGCUGGAAACCUGGGGAGACAGUAGGAAGGCAACGAUCCUCCUCAGAUCCACCCAAUCCUACCAGUCCAGAGACCAACAUCUAUGUUCUUCCUCUUGCUCCCCCUGCUCCUCCCCCUCCUCCCCCUCCUCCUCCUCCACCUAUCAAGAAGCCAAGUGUUCAGGAACUUAAGAUGCAAAUAAAGAAUACCCCGCUGCCCCCAGUGCCAACUGCCCCACCAGUCCCUCACAUUAUUCAAAAGCUUCCAGUGCCUGUAGCCCCCACCAUUCCCACCACCCCACCACUUAUUCCAGUGCCCCCUCCUCCCCCAAUGCCUCCACCCCCAUACAAACCUACACCACCACCAACGAUACCCAUACAGCCCAGAGUGCCCAUACUCAAACCCAUCCCAGGAAUGGAGAGAAAACUGCAAUCUAGCAGGCUUAAGCCUGUGGAAACAACGGAAAAAGAUGCUUCACAACCAGGACAGAGUUCUGUAGCAGCAUCACCCCCUGCUCCACCUCUUGUCCCCAAACCUAGAGUGCCUCAGACAAAAAAUAAACCUAAGCGGGUGAAAGCUAUCUACAAAUGUGUGGCUGAUAACCCAGAUGAACUGACUUUCACUGAGGGAGAGGUCAUCAUAGUAGAUGGAGAGGAAGACAAGGAGUGGUGGGUGGGGCACAUUGAAGGGGAUUCUAGCAGAAAAGGAGCUUUCCCUGUUUCAUUUGUGCACUUUAUAACUGACUGAUUUAAGCUCAGAUUUGAGAUCUACACUGAACUGUACUGGAAUUGUAUCUCACCUACUGCCACAUGUUGAGGUUUAAUACAAUACAUAAGGAAUUACUCCAAUAAGCUUCCUUUAAUUGUUUAGCUAUCUCACUCCAGUGAUUUAAUGCCUUGAGCACAGAUUAAUUAGUAUGUUGGGAACAUUUGUGUGAAGCCAGAUAUCUGCUGGACUUCUAUUUUAGUGUUUAAAGAAUAUUUUAUAUGUUUUGGAGUUUGGUUGCAGAGCAACCUCUCAUCUCAUGUAACUCUUAAUUUUUCCCCUAAACCCUGUUACUGCACAAAGUUAUUAAAUGUUUUACGUUGUGUUCA